AUGAGCGAUUGGGAUGAGAUUUUUGGAAGCGGAGACGAGAUGGAUGUGGAAGAUGAGGAAUUGCGUGUCCAAACGCUCAACUCCUCUACAUUACGUCCCUCGCAAAGCGCGAUGUCGAUUGAAUCUCCCCAGCCCGCGCCUGCUACCCUUUUCCGUCCCCCCCAGCAACGUGUCACUCCUGCCUCAGCACCUUCACGCCAGUCAGCCAGCCGCGCCAGUGUCAAAAAAUUUGCCGACCUAUUAAAACUCACCAAGGAUAAUCAAGAGGUAUUGCAGAGGAUGUACGAUAUCACGUCGCCAGGUGAAGAGUAUUUAGGGACGCUUUCCUACCUAGUGUUUGCUUUUCAAGAAUCCAAAGGUCUCCCUGGGACAAAGUGGGUAGCUAGGCGUGUGAUUCGGGACACUUUCAAGGACCAGGUGGCCGAAUUCAUCUUACGCCCUGAUCUGCAGGCCUACAGCAAGAGUGUCGCAGAGGAUCACACCACGAUGGUUCAAAGCUUGGAAGUGCUGACAUUUGUGUGUAAAACCCGCUCCAAAUCUUCCUAUCAAGGUUCCUUUACGGUCGCUAAUUACAUCAUUCUUGCAAAGAACUUUCUCAAAGGGCUUAAGCCGGAAUUUGUAGAUGAGCAUUGCCCUGGUGAUUAUGUUGCAGGGGAGGCGUGUAUUCCUGGCACUGUGAUGUACUUGUUCAUCAAAGAAACUUUGAAGAACCAGCGCAGUAGGGUCCGCUCAGCGCUUCUGACCAACAUCCUUGGUGUUGCCGAAGGGAGUGCUGUCAAGGUCCCUGCUUGCAAAAACAUUGUACUGCAGGUGGCCAGAACGUUUCUCCCUGAUGUGCGAGCUUUGGAAGACGGCGACGCUUUGACCAAGUUGGGACCUUCUAAGGUGAAGAGGAUAAUCUUCAUGCGAUAUGUUACAGUUUACUACUACGUCAACCAAACCGAAAACAAGAAGCGCUGCCAAUGGACCCUCAUGGUCGAGAUCCUGGCCGAACUUUGCGAGAGACCAGCCGGCGAUGCCUCGGUGUACUUUAAGCAAGUAGCGCGUUAUGACCGAGAGGCUUUCACAGGCAAGCGCACUUGGGCGAGUAUUAAAGCCUCCGGGGCGCUUCCAGCCCCCUUUGUGGAUCAAGUUCUAGAAGCUGCUCGAGAAAUUAACGCACUUGCAGCCCAAUCGGGUAAUGGUGAUGAGGUUGGGGCCAGUACCUCUGGUAAUCAGGUUUCAGGGGAGGAUUUUGAGGCAGAUUAA